ACUCCCCCUCAGGACAUUCAGCGCACGGAGGACUUUCUGAUCAAGCCCGAGUCGCGGAUCGCCCAGCUGGACACGUCGCAGUGGCCCUUACUGCUGAAGAACUUUGACAAGUUAAACGUGAGGACAACACACUACACACCUCUUCCCUCCGGUGCUAAUCCCCUGAAGAGAGAAAUUUCUGACUAUGUUAGGUCUGGCUUUAUUAACCUUGACAAACCUUCCAAUCCAUCCUCUCACGAGGUGGUUGCAUGGAUCCGGCGCAUCCUUCGAGUGGAGAAGACUGGACACAGUGGCACUCUGGAUCCUAAGGUGACAGGGUGCCUCAUUGUGUGCAUUGAGAGGGCAACACGGCUGGUCAAAUCUCAGCAGAGUGCAGGUAAAGAGUAUGUGGGAAUUAUUCGGCUGCACAAUGCAAUUGAGAGUGAGGCCCAGCUAGCCAGGGCAAUAGAAACUCUGACAGGUGCCCUGUUUCAGCGACCACCCCUCAUUGCUGCUGUCAAACGACAGCUGAGAGUCAGAACCAUUUAUGAGAGCAAGCUGGUGGAGUAUGAUCCUGAGAGAAGAUUAGGUAUCUUCUGGGUGAGCUGUGAAGCAGGCACAUACAUCCGAACACUCUGUGUUCACCUCGGGUUGCUGCUUGGUGUGGGGGGCCAGAUGCAAGAGCUCCGCAGAAUCCGCUCAGGCAUCCUGGGAGAGGAGGACAACAUGGUGACCAUGCAUGACGUCCUGGAUGCACAGUGGCUGUAUGACAACACCAAGGAUGACAGUUACCUGCGAAGAGUUAUCCUGCCACUGGAGAAGCUGCUGACAUCACACAAGAGGCUCGUCAUGAAAGAUAGUGCGGUUAAUGCCAUUUGCUAUGGAGCCAAGAUCAUGCUGCCUGGUGUUCUGCGGUAUGAAGAUGGUAUUGAGCUUAAUCAGGAGAUUGUUGUCAUCACCACAAAAGGAGAAGCUAUCUGCCUAGCCAUUGCCUUGAUGACCACAGCAGUGAUUUCUACUUGUGACCAUGGCAUUGUGGCAAAGAUCAAGAGAGUGAUCAUGGAGAGAGAUACGUAUCCCCGCAAAUGGGGUCUCGGUCCCAAGGCCAGUCAAAAGAGGAUGAUGAUCCAGAAGGGUCUGCUGGACAAGCACGGAAAGCCCAAUGAGAGCACACCAGAUUCCUGGAAGAAGGACUAUGUGGAUUACAGGGAUACUUCCAAGAGACAAGCAGCUGCUGAUCACCAAGCUGUGUCAGAGGUCGAGAGGCUUCCAAAAAGGAAACGAGAGUCAGAGAGUGAAAGUGAGGAGGCUGUGACCCCACCAUCCCCUACCACCCCACCACCAGAGGAGCUGAGCAAAAAGGAAAAGAAGAAGAAGAAGAAGAAAGAGAAGAAGGCCAAAGAGGCUGCUGAGAGUGGGGAAGAGCAAAUAGAAGUGACCAGUGAAACCAGCACCAAGAAGAAGAAAAAGAAGAAACAAAAGGAGGUAGAAGAGAGCUCGGAGUAAGCAGCUGGAUCUGUCCAAAGCAGGCAACUUCAUCAGUAGGGAGGGAGGAAUCUGAUGCCUUGAGAAGAGGAUGACUG